CACACUUGAUGCCAAUCUCAGGGUUCAGAAGUUUGCACAGUUAUAAAAGUUCGAUGUCUUGGCGUCUACCUUCAUAAAAGAGAGAGAGAGAAAGAGCGAAAGAGAGUGAAAGAGAGAAAGUGAGAGAGUCAGAGCGAGCGAGCCAGAUAGAGGAAGAGCAUGGAGACCUUUGUCUUUCUGUUUCCUCAAUUCAACUUCUCUGCCCCCAAGGAGGAAGCGUAUUUCAAAAUGCUCGGCGAGACCGAGUUGCGCGCCUCCAGAAUGAAAGACAGCAACUCAAGAAAUAAAGAUAAAGAAAAGGAGAAGGACAAAAAAAGCAGACUGAGUCUUCUGCUGGCCAGGUCUGGAUCUCAUGAAAACGUCAGCCCUGAGAAAAAUCCACCAGCUAAAACCAACCACAUCCCACCUGAGGUGGCUUUGAGAUGGAGUGAUUCCUUUGAAGAUCUGCUGGGUCAUCCAGAUGGAGUGGAGGCUUUCACGAAGUUCCUGCGCACCGAGUUCAGUGAGGAGAACAUUGAGUUCUGGCUGGCGUGUGAGGACUACAAGAGCACAGAGUCCACUACCAAACUGCAGUCCAAGGCCAAGCAGAUGUACGCCGUGUUCAUCGACACAGAGGCCCCCAAAGAGAUUAAUAUCGAUCACUCGACCAAGCAGACCAUUCAAAAGAACAUCGCCCAGCCCACCCAGUCUUGCUUUGAUGCAGCACAGACCAAAAUCUACGCCCUGAUGAAGAAGGACUGCUACCCGCGCUUCCUCGCCUCGGACAUCUACCUGAGCCUGACCAAGAGGAAGGGUCCUGUAGCGAUGACCAGGAGGAGGUCCCGAUCCUUCGUCUUUAACGAGCGGGGUGACGCCACUACGCCCUGGUUGUAGCUUGUCAGGAGACCCUGUUGCACCAUCAUUGACUUGACAGACGCCUGCUACAUGUGUACAUUAACAUUCACAGCAUUAGGAAGCAUUUUCAUGUCAAAAUACUAACAUUAUCCAUAAAUUAUUUAAUUGAUUUCUCUUUGCUGGAGAUUCCAUGCUAAGCUAUUUCUGCCUACAUGAUUAGAGUCUUUCCUCUGACUUGUAAAUUGUAUAUAUAAAACCUUGUGUCAUAAAUCAUUGUAAAAUAAAAUAUAUUUCAAUAAAUAUAUUGAAUUAUC